UGACAUGUAAUCAAUCAAUGGCUGCUGAGUUGUUCUGAGGUCAGAAGGAUAAGCGAGUAUAAAAGGGCCGAUGUCUGAGGGACAGCAAGCAAUUCUCGAAGACGUCUCCUUGCGGCUUUGGAAAAUCAGCGCUCUUCCUAUUCAGAAUGAAGGCUGUUGUCCUCCUGCUGGUGUGCGCCAUCGUGGCCAUGAGUUCUGCCAGCUUCCUCUAUAAUCCACUCCUGUACAAGUUCGGAGGUUUGGGAUACGGAGGUCUUGGGUUUGGUGGACUGGGCUUUGGUGGACUGGGCUUUGGUGGUCUGGGAUUCGGAGUCUGGAUUCGGAGGCCUUGGACUUGGCUUGGGAAAAUUUGGUCUCCUGGGUGGUCUGUAUGGAGGCUUCCCAUACAAGUACGGUCUAUACUACUAAAUGGCUGUAAAGAAACAGGUGUGACUACUGUAUCUUCAUGAUUGUAAACAUCGGUCAGUUUUCGAUGGUGAAAACCUAAGUAAAGUCGAAAUUGUAAAAUAA